UGGAAAGGAGAAAAUGUGAGUACAACGGAAGUGGAAGGCAUUUUGCAGCUCUUAAAAUGCUUGACUGAUGUUGCUGUUUACGGUGUUGAAAUACCGAGCACUUACAAACUGAAGAAGAUGAGUCUGAGAAAAGAGGGAUACGAUUUGUCGAGUUGCCACGGCGAACAGAUCUACAUAUGGGACUCCUGCGUUAAAUCAUACAAGUACAGUCUUUUGAUUGAUAGUAUUCAGCCCCACAUCAUUUAUCAGGUCGCUCAGAUCUGA